UGAAAUAUUUGAUCCUUGGAAGGAAAAAGAAGCAGCAUCAGCCAUCAAGCGCUGAAGCAGUUUGUGAUAUGUAUGUGAGGCAGAGGCUGCAAUCACAAUCAUAAUCCAAUGGCAGUUGCUCAUAUAUCUGCUUCUCUCUCUGUCUCUCUACGCGAUGCUUGCGUUUUCAAUGCACCAAAACCUCCUUCAUCUUCUGCUCGCUUUCCUCAACUCAAUGCACCAUCCUUUGCCACCGGUUCCCCACUCUUGAUCUCAACGAGUUAUGAAAGGAAAACAACAUGCAAAGCAAAGCCUAUUUCAAUAAGAUGUGAGCGAAGUACCCAAGAAGGGAACAGUUUGGAUGUAUGGCUAGGCAGGCUGGCCAUGGUUGGCUUUGCAGUGCUCGUCACUGCUGAAAUUACCACCGGCAAGGGUCUUCUAGAGAACUUUGGAGUCACAGCUCCACUGCCUACAGUUGCCCUGGCUGUAACAGCAUUUGUGGGUGUCCUCGCGGCGGUUUUUAUCUUUCAGUCAGCCUCCAAGAACUGAUCAGUGUAUUUAAGCCGGUAGUGCUUGUAGUUGAUUCUGCAAUACUGAGGGGAUUUUUUUUUCUUAAGACAAAGAUUUAUCGUUUUUUGUUGUUGUAAUAUUUGUGUUGAUGACAAAAAGAAAAUGGCACCAGUGCCGGAAAAUGUUG